CGCAGGAACUGAAGCUGUGGAUUAUUUCUAGAGUAAGGACACAUCACCUUGAUACUUAGUUCAAAUCCAGUUCCGCGUUCUAUCAUUACUUGUUCGCUUGGACUUUUCGACCUUUGUUCCGUCCAUUCCACGUCGCCCCAAAGCACCGACGAAGCCAUCGUUAAACCGCGUUCAUUACGUGUCCACUUGAACCGACCGCCUACAAAAUCGGUUCCUCCACCCACAUUGAUAAGAACUGCCCUGAUCGAUGCAGUGGCCAACACGAUAGAGGCUCUUCGUGUGAUUCAGGCUUGCGAGCUUACCCGUCAAUUCAAUCCCCGCCCUCGGUUUCGUCGCAAUGGAUGUCCAGAAAACCGCCCACAUGAACGGAAACGCCGGGUUCGAUCUUGAGAAGGCCUAUGCCAAAAGCUCGGCCGCAGUGUUGAAGCAGCUUGGGGUAGACCAGCAUCAGGGGUUAUCGGACGUGCAGGUGGAUCAACAACGGAAGAAAUAUGGAAGAAAUGCUCUUCCUGAAGAUCCGCCGACCCCUCUCUGGGAGCUUAUAUUGGAACAAUUCAAAGAUCAAUUGGUCCUGAUUUUGCUGGGUAGUGCGGCCGUCUCGUUCGUGCUCGCACUAUUCGAGGAAGAUGGCGAUUGGACCGCUUUCGUUGAUCCCGUUGUAAUCUUGACCAUCUUGAUUUUGAACGCGAUCGUCGGCGUAUCGCAGGAGUCUUCUGCGGAAAAGGCAAUCGCUGCACUUCAGGAAUACUCUGCCAACGAAGCGAAGGUGAUUCGUAGUGGCACACCGCACCGCAUUCGCGCUGAGGAUCUCGUGCCGGGCGAUAUUGUUUCCGUGGCUGUUGGGGAUCGCAUUCCAGCCGAUUGUCGCCUUUUAGCCGUCCACUCUAACGCAUUUUCCGUCGAUCAAUCGAUCCUCACUGGAGAAUCGGAAUCGGUCUCGAAAAUCAAUGUUGUCAUCAAAGACUCGAACGCUGUUAAACAGGACCAAGUCAACAUGCUUUUCUCGGGCACAACAAUCUCAACGGGACAUGCGACUGCAAUCGUGGUCCUGACCGGGUCAAAUACAGCCAUCGGGGACAUCCACGAAAGCAUUACCGCUCAAAUCAGCCAACCAACACCUCUCAAGGAAAAGCUGAACGAUUUCGGGGACAUGCUAGCAAAGGUCAUCACCGUGAUUUGCAUCUUGGUUUGGCUAAUCAACAUCCGACAUUUCAACGACCCCAGUCAUGGUGGAUGGACCAAGGGUGCGAUUUAUUAUCUCAAGAUUGCGGUGUCCCUUGGAGUGGCGGCUAUUCCGGAGGGUCUGGCGGUCGUAAUCACGACAUGUCUUGCCCUAGGAACCCGCAAAAUGGCAGCGAAGAAUGCUGUUGUGCGAUCGCUUCCAAGUGUCGAAACUCUUGGAAGCUGCAGUGUCAUCUGUUCCGACAAGACGGGCACACUCACGACGAACCAAAUGAGUGUGAAUAAAGUGGUCUAUGUCAGUGCAAACGGCCGAAGUCUCGACGAAAUCGAUGUGGAAGGAACCAGCUUUGCACCGGAGGGCGCACUCAGACGUGGAGGGAAGCAAAUCACUCACCCUGCAGCGUCCUCAACCUUGGCGCAACUGGCCGAGGCGAUCGCCUUGUGCAAUGAUGCGAUGGUUUCGUACGAAUCUCGAUCGGGAACGUACGGGAUUGUUGGCGAACCAACCGAAGGAGCUCUCCGGGUUCUGGCCGAGAAGAUUGGAUCUCCCGACACCAAGUACAACGAACGACGAGCAUCGGUAUCGGCGGAAGGACGGAUUCACUAUCACAGCAAAUAUUACGAGCAACACGCUUCGAGACUGGCCACCUACGAGUUCUCUCGUGACCGGAAAAGCAUGUCGGUUCUUGUGAACGGUGGGAAAAAGCAGCGUCUGCUGGUCAAAGGAGCCCCGGAGUCGAUUCUCGAGCGAUGUACGUCAGUGUUCCGAGGGCACGAUGGCACCAUUGCCCCUUUGGAUGCGACGGUGGCAAAGCUUAUUACCUCUGAGAUUGUCGAAUACGGAAACCGAGGGUUACGGGUCAUCGCUGUGGCUAUGGUAGACGAUGUGGGCUCGAAUCCUUUGACCAAGUCCGCAAAGACCACCAAGGAGUACUCGCAGUUGGAACAGGGAAUGACACUGAUCGGCCUAGUCGGAAUGUUAGAUCCUCCACGACCUGAAGUCAAAGCCUCCAUUCAAAAAUGCAGGGACGCCGGGAUUCGUGUGGUGGUUAUUACAGGCGACAACCAAAAUACCGCGGAGACGAUAUGCCGACAGAUCGGGAUCUUCGGGGAAGCUGAAGAUCUCCAAGGGAAAUCGUACACAGGACGAGAAUUUGAUGAUCUAUCUGAGGAUGAACAGCUCAUAGCUGCCAAACGUGCGUCCUUGUUCUCCCGAACGGAACCGGCACACAAAUCCAAGCUGGUUGAUCUCCUCCAAUCUGCCGGGGAAGUGGUUGCCAUGACGGGUGAUGGUGUCAACGAUGCCCCAGCACUCAAGAAGGCGGACAUUGGGGUCGCGAUGGGUAGUGGGACUGAUGUCGCGCGCCUGGCAGCAGACAUGGUACUCGCGGACGACAAUUUUGCCACGAUCGAGGCAGCAGUCGAAGAAGGUCGGGCCAUUUUCAACAACACUCAGCAGUUCAUUCGAUAUUUGAUUAGCUCAAAUAUUGGUGAAGUCGUCUCCAUCUUCAUCACGGCGGCAUUGGGCAUGCCCGAAGCUUUGAUCCCGGUCCAGCUUCUAUGGGUGAACCUUGUCACCGAUGGCUUGCCAGCAACGGCCUUGAGCUUCAACCCGAAAGAUCACGAUGUGAUGAAACGAGCUCCUCGGAAACGGGAUGAGCCGCUUAUUAGCGGCUGGCUGUUCUUCCGAUACCUCGUGAUCGGCAGCUAUGUCGGAGUGGCGACUGUUUUUGGAUAUGCAUGGUGGUUCAUGUACAACCCAGCAGGCCCCCAGAUAUCAUUUCAUCAACUGACAAACUUCCAUCGCUGCUCAACAGCGUUUCCGGAGAUCGGUUGCGAUAUGUUCAUGUCCGGUCCUGCUAAAUCCGCGUCGACCAUGUCCCUUUCAAUUUUGGUUGUGAUCGAGAUGUUCAACGCGGUGAAUGCCUUGUCAUCAUCGGAGUCGCUUCUCACCCUCCCUCUUUGGAAGAACAUGAUGUUGGUCUAUGCCAUCACUCUGUCGAUGGCGCUCCAUUUUGCGCUAUUGUAUACACCAUUCCUCCAGGGGCUCUUCGGCAUCGUUCCGCUCGACUUGGCCGAGUGGAAAGCAGUGGUGGGCAUUAGUGCGCCGAUAAUCAUAAUAGACGAGGGUUUGAAACUUAUGGAACGGUCGUUUUUCAUGUGAAGCAUUUCAUGGCGCUCGAGAUAGAAUAUUUAGAUGUGUCAGCACCGGAGAAUUGCCUCCCGGUGAUGGAGGUCUAUCAUAGAUCUAAAUCACGCGAAGUCUAGCGACUAUACGCAUACAUUGUACAUCGUAACAAUAUUCAAUAAGUAAUUGCGCCAUGUUAUUGAGACAGCUGUGAUACCAUGUCUUGCGUAACAUUUACGUCUGUGACCGUUCCAUUCAGCCAGAAUUCAAAUAUCAAGCAGAUCCAUAGCCCAGACUCCCCCUAAAACAUUA